GCCGCGGCGGGGCGGAGCUCGGGGAGGAAGUGUGUGGUCGCGUCGGUCCCUCUGUCCCACGCGGAGGUGGGGCUUGCCCGAGGGUCGCUGGGCCGGGAGGACCCCACAUGAAACGGUUUAAGCGGAAACAUCUUACAGCUAUUGACUGCCAACAUUUGGCUCGGAGCCAUUUGGCUGUGGCCCAGCCCUUCGGUCAGAGAUGGACAAACAGAGAUCCAAAUCAUGGUCUCUAUCCUAGACCCAGACCAAAAAGAGGGAAUAGGGGUCAAGGAUGUCAAAGGAACAACCCUGAGUUCUUCCUAGCUGGCCACCAGCAGCGCACCAAUGACAUGGCCAAAAGCAGUUCUGUUGGCCAGGACAGCUGUCAGGACUCUGAGGGGGACAUGAUUUUUCCUGCAGAGGGCAGUUGUGUCUUGUCUCGGGAAGGAGAUGAAGACGUGAGGUUGGGCUCAUCCAGAGCUGCUCUGGCCCCCAGGAAGCGGCCUCGGUGCUUUGAGGAGGAGAGCAAGGCUGUGGGGGCCGCACCGCGGGAUGGAGCUGCUAAGACCCCGCGGCACCGCGCGUCUGCUUCUUGUAUGAGGAACAGGGGGCCCAGGCAAGGAGAGGACAGUGUAUCAUGUUGCUUUGCAGAGUCCACAGAAACUGGCCAAGACGUUGAAGACAUUGGUCCUGACCCCAUUCCUGACUCAUACUAUGGGCUUCUUGGGACCUUGCCUUGCCAAGAAGUGCCAGGCCACAUUUGUAGCCUGCCUAGUGAAGUUCUGCGGCACAUCUUUGCCUUUCUCCCUGUGGAAGACCUCUAUUGGAACCUCAGCCUGGUGUGUCAUCUUUGGAGGGAGAUCAUCAGUGACCCGCUGUUCAUCCCAUGGAAAAAGCUCUACCAUCGAUACCUGAUGAACGAAGAGCGCGCUGUCAGCAAGGUGGAUGGCAUUCUCUCCAGCUGCGGCAUAGAGAAGGAGUCAGACCUGUGCGUGCUGAAUCUCGUACGAUACACAGCUACCACCAAAUGCUCCCCAAGUGUAGACCCUGAGAGGGUGCUGUGUAGCCUGAGGGAUCAUCCCCUCCUUCCUGAGGCAGAGGCGAGUGUGCGUCAACACCUACCUGACCUCCACACAGCUGCUGGGGGUGUUAACGUCUGGGCCUUGGUGGCAGCCAUGGUGCUCCUCUCCAGCGGUGUGAAUGACAUCCAGCGUCUACUCUUCUGCCUCAGGAGACCUGGCUCCACGGUGACUGUGCCUGACGUCACUGAGACCCUGUACUGCAUCGCUGUCCUCCUUUACGCCAUGAGGGAGAAGGGGAUUAACAUCAGCAAUAGGAUUCACUACAACAUUUUCUAUUGCCUAUAUCUUCAGGAGAAUUCCUGUCCUCAGGCCAGCAAAGCUAAAGAGGAGCCAUCUGUGUGGCCAGGCAAGAAAACGCCCAUCCAGCUUACACACGAGCAGCAGCUGAUUCUGAACCAUAAGAUGGAGCCUCUUCAGGUGGUCAAAAUCAUGGCAUUUGCAGGCACUGGGAAGACCUCUACCCUGGUCAAGUAUGCCGAGAAGUGGUCUCAGAGCAGGUUUCUGUAUGUUACGUUCAACAAGAGCAUUGCAAAGCAGGCGGAGCUCGUCUUCCCCAGCAAUGUUAUCUGCAAAACCUUCCAUUCUAUGGCCUAUGGCCACGUCGGGCGGAAGUACCAGCAGAAGAAGAAGUUGAACCUCUUCAAGUUAACACCUUUCAUGGUCAGCUCUGUCCUCGCUGAAGGGAAAGGUGGAUUCAUCAGGGCCAAGUUAGUGUGCAAAACCUUGGAGAAUUUCUUUGCCUCUGCUGAUGAAGAGCUGACUAUUGAUCAUGUACCUAUCUGGUGUAAGAACAGCCAAGGACAGAGAGUCAUGGUUGAGCAGAGUGAGAAACUGAACGGUGUCCUUGAAGCCAGCCGACUUUGGGACAACAUGAGGAAGCUGGGGGAAUGCAAAGAAGAGGCGUAUCAGAUGACUCAUGACGGCUAUUUGAAACUCUGGCAGCUGAGCAAGCCUUUGCUUGCCUCUUUCGAUGCCAUCUUUGUGGACGAGGCGCAGGACUGUACCCCAGCUAUCAUGAACAUAGUUCUGUCUCAGCCCUGUGGAAAGAUCUUUGUAGGGGAUCCCCACCAACAGAUCUACACCUUCCGCGGCGCAGUCAAUGCGCUCUUCACGGUCCCCCACACUCAUGUGUUCUAUCUCACUCAGAGUUUUAGAUUUGGCGUGGAAAUAGCUUAUGUUGGAGCUACCAUCUUGGAUGUCUGUAAGAGAGUAAGGAAAAAGACGCUGGUCGGGGGAAACCAUCAGAGUGGCAUUAGAGGAGAUGUAAAGGGACAAGUGGCUCUGUUGUCCCGGACCAAUGCCAAUGUGUUUGAUGAGGCUGUCCGAGUGACGGAAGGAGAAAUACCUUCAAGGAUACAUUUGAUCGGGGGUAUUAAGUCAUUUGGAUUGGACAGAAUCAUUGAUAUUUGGACCCUUCUUCAGCCAGAGGACGAACGGAGGAAACGAAACCUCGUUAUUAAAGAUCGGUUUAUUAGAAGAUGGGUACACAAAGAAGGCUUUAGUGGCCUCAAGAGGUACGUGACUGCUGCAGAGGACAAGGAGCUUGAAGCAAAGAUUGCAGUAGUCGAGAAAUACAAUAUCCAGAUUCCAGAACUGGUGGAAAGGAUAGAAAGAUGCCAUAUAGAAGAUUUGGAUUUUGCAGAGUACAUUCUGGGCACUGUGCACAAAGCUAAAGGCUUGGAGUUUGACACUGUGCAUGUUUUGGAUGACUUUGUGAAAGUGCCUUGUGCCAGGCAUAAUCUUGCCCAGCUUCCUCACUUCAGAGUUGAGUCGUUUUCUGAGGAUGAAUGGAAUUUACUGUAUGUUGCAGUAACUCGUGCCAAGAAGCGGCUCAUCAUGACCAAAUCACUGGAGAACAUUCUGACUCUGGCUGGGGAAUACUUCUUGCAAGCAGAGCUGACAAGUAAUGUCUUGAAAACAGGAGUUGUCUGCUGUUGUGUGGGGCAGUGCAACAACGCCAUUCCCGUGGACACUGUCCUCACUAUGAAGAAACUGCCCAUCACUUACAGCAACAGAAAGGAGAACAAGGGUGGCUACCUCUGCCACUCCUGUGCGGAGCAGCGGAUCGGGCCUUUGGCCUUCCUCACUGCCUCCCCAGAGCAGGUGCGCUCCAUGGAGCGCACUGUGGAAGAUGUCGUGCUGCCCAGGCACGAGGCCUUGCUCUUCCUUGUCUUCUGAGCCGAGAUGAGCAUGCUCCAUGGCACAGGGUGCUGACGAUGGCCAGUGUGGCCACGCCUCUGUUCACAGAAGACCCACUCAGCCACAGAGCUCUUGUGCGGAAGCAGCAGCCCGCGCCAGACCUGCCAUUCCCCUUUCCCUUCAGAUAGCUAGCUCCCACUUGCCUUUCCUCCAUGUGCAUUAGGUCAGGGGAGUGGGAGGAGUUCUUUUGAUAAAAAAAUCAUUUAUGUAUUUAAACUUUUAUUACAAGGUUUCAAUUAAAUAGGCAUUGCAACCCUUGCAUGCCACCAUGA